UUUUGUAGCGGUACUACGCUCCGUGAUACGAACGUUUGUGAGGGAAUUCGCGUAGGGGAUGAAGUGCAAUUCGAAGUCACGCUUGAGGCAACGCACUGUGUUGACAGAAGAGACUUUGUUCUUCGAAUUGGUCCAUCUGGCUUGGACGAAACACUUAUUGUCAACGUAAAAGUGCUUUGUGAUUGCGAAUGCGAACAGGAGGAUCGAAUUGUCGAGAAUGCCGAAGAAUGUCAUGGUGGCGAUAUGGUAUGCGGUGUUUGCCGUUGUAAGGGCGGAAAUGUCGGACGUUACUGCGAGUGUAAUCGACCAGGGAUGAGCACUGCUGCACUCAAUGAAAAGUGCAAACGAACCAACGAAUCGGCAAUCUGCGAAGGAAGAGGAGUUUGUAACUGUGGUCGUUGUGAAUGUAAUCCACGCCAGAAUCCUGAGGAACAGAUUUCCGGCGAGUUUUGUGAGUGCGAUAACUUCAACUGCCCACGUCACGAUCGCAAAAUCUGUGCCGAGCAUGGAGAAUGUAAUUGUGGACAAUGCAUUUGUGCCCCAGGAUGGACAGUUCGUUAUCGUUUCAUCAAACAAUCUAUAAUUGUUUCAAACGUUCAGGACGAGCAUGUGAGUGCCCAAUUAGCCAAGACUCUUGUAUGUCUGCCAAUGGAAAAAUUUGCAAUGGGAAGGGUGAAUGUAUUUGCGGACGUUGUCGAUGCUUUGAUGGCCCAGAUGGCAACAGAUACUCUGGUGCCAAGUGCGAAAUUUGUCCAGUUAGUGAUAAUCUUG